AUGGGCCAUUUGAAAAACUUUGUGAAGAAAGAGCCAGCGCUCAGAGGCAGGUCGGAAGAGAGAAGGGAACCUGUCAGGGAAAGGGUGGCGAGACUUGUGAAUGAAGGAUCCAGCGGGACCAUAAACAUGAUAGUUAGGGAAGAGACAGAGCAGCCCCUCCAGGCUAACAGAAAGAGAAGAAGAGGUGGCAAGUUAAAAGAAGUAGAAGUUAUGCAGGUCGCUGAGCACAUCCUAGGAGUAGUGAGCUUUUCAGCAGUCGACAGGGAAAGGGUCGAGAUGCCCUAUGAUGAUGCCUUGGUGGUAGAGGCCAUCAUUCACAAUUUUAAAGUCCAGAAGAUCUUGGUGGAUGAUGGAAGCAAAGUGAAUCUUUUGCCAUACCGAGUGUUUAAAGCCAUGAAGAUAGCCAACGAGGACAUGGUGAAAGACUAA